AUGUUCAAAAAGCUACCAAAUUUAAAAUUAGCAAGAUUAGUCUUUAGAAUACCAAAAAGAACUAUGGCUACGACCUUAUCUCAGAAUACAAUCUACCAUGCUGAUCACAAAGCUCCGGUUGUUAUGCUAUCAUUCGGCAAAGAAUUCUUUGAGCAAUUAACUACCAAAGAAAAAUUAUACACUUAUUACAUGUCCAAAGCGUCACAUUGCGGUACUAGAAUCGUAUUAAGACAAGUAUCACAUGAGAGUGAAAGCAUUUUUGAUUUAAUCAUGCAUAUCCAUAAAACGUUGAUAACAACUGAUGGAGCCAAGACAUACACUGAUUUUGUUGGAGAUUCGUCAGAAGCUCAAUCAUAUUUAGAAUACGCCUCUCAAUUUUUAUCUAAUUUGGGCAACUAUAAAUCCUUUGGUGAUCGUAAAUUUAUUCCAGGUUGUUCCAUUGACACGUGGUACAAAUUGAUGGAUGCAGCCCAGAUCAAUAUUAAUGACAAGCCAAAUGUUAGUUUGGGUGGUUAUCCCUUUGAUACUUACAAAGAUUUGCUCCACAAGGGUGUUUAUAAUGUUACUGAUAAAGUGGCACUAUUAGGAUUCCCCAGUGAGGGCCAUAUCAGUUCUUACUAUCUUGGCAAGGCUGUGUCUGCUGAGGAUAUGAAUUUAUUGAAAAGGGAAGUUUUCGGAAAGUAUGGAAUUUUACCGGAAAACACAAGAAUUAAUAAAAUUAAUGAAAAUUUUUUUGAAAUACUAGUCGCCUCUUAUGAUAAGGAUAACAAUAUUGAUUAUUAUCCUAGCGGGGAGUUCACUCUAGAUGACAAUGUGACAAAAUGCGUAUUUAAAUUUGGGGAUCAUUCAAGAGAAAUGGGGAUGAUCUGUAGAUAUUUAAAUUUAGCCAAGGAGUAUGCGGCUAAUAAUAAUCAGGUCAAGAUGUUGGAUGAAUACAUUAAGCAUUUCAAGACUGGCUCUUCGAGAGCACACAAGAAUUCUCAAAAAAUUUGGGUUAAAGAUUUGAGUCCGAUCAUUGAAACAAAUAUCGGGUUUAUUGAGACGUAUAGGGAACCUUCUGGUAUUAUAGGUGAAUUUGAAAGCUUUGUUGCCAUUCAAAAUAAAGAACGUACCAAGAAAUUUGCUGCUCUAGUGUCUUCUGGUGAGAAGUACAUUUCGCUUUUGCCAUGGGACAAAGAUUACGAGAAGCCCAAAUUCCAGGCACCUGAUUUCACUUCCUUGGAAGUUGUAACGUUUACUGGUUCGGGAAUUCCUGCGGGCAUUAACAUACCUAAUUAUGAUGAUGUUAGAUUAAAUAUUGGUUUUAAAAAUGUUUCCUUGGGAAAUAUUUUGAACAUUUCAUGCAAAAUUAAACAAGACCCAACAUUUAUUAGUCGAGAGAAUUUUGAAAUUUUCAAAAAAUACCAAGGUUUAUCUUUUGAAGUUCAGGUUGGUAUACAUGAAUUAUUAGGACAUGGUAGCGGGAAGUUGCUAAGCGAGGUGGAGGAUGGCAAGAAAUUCAAUUUCGACUUUAAAAGCCCACCUUUGGGUGUGGACAAUAAGACGCCAGUUUCCACGUAUUAUAAAGUGGGCGAAACUUGGGGUUCGAAAUUUGGCGCAUUAGCUGGUGCAUUUGAAGAAUGCCGUGCUGAAGUUAUUGCAAUGUAUUUGUUAACCAACAGGGAAUUAUUGCGGAUUUUUGGAUUCAAUGAUAAACAGGAGCAAGAUGAUAUUAUCUAUGUUGGAUAUCUACAGAUGGCACGUGCUGGGCUAAUGGCCUUAGAAUAUUGGGAUCCUCAGACUAAGAAAUGGGGUCAGCCACAUAUGCAAGCUAGAUUUUCGAUUAUGAAAACAUUUUUGGAGCACUGUUCCAAUCCAGAUUUCUGUAGGAUUGUUGUUGAUGAUGGCACCAUGCACAUUGAGUUAGACCGUUCAUUAAUUGAAAGUAGUGGACACGAAUGUAUUGAAGAUUAUUUAAGACAUUUACAUAUCUAUAAAUGUAGCGGGGACGUUGUUAACGGUAGUAAAUAUUUUAUUGAUAGAUCUAGUGUUCCUGAGAAUUUAGCCAAGUUGAGAGAAAUUGUGUUAAAAGAAAAAUUGCCAAGAAGACAAAUCAUACAGGCCAAUAUUGUAUUGGAUGGCGAUGGAACUAACGACUCUGCUAUAAAAGUGGUUAAUUACGAGGAGACACCAGUUGGAAUGAUUCAAUCUUUUAUAGAAAGAGAGUUAUAA